AUGCCUACAAUGGAAAACAAGUCUACCAUAGUUGCGGAAUUCAUCCUUGUGGGCUUCACCAGUGUCCGGUGGCUACAACUUCUCCUGUUCGUACUUCUCCUCAUCAUCUACUUCUUGACCAUUGGUGGGAACGUCCUCAUCAUCUCCAUCACCUUGCUUGACCAUCGUCUCCAGACCCCCAUGUAUUUCUUCCUCAGAAAUUUCUCUCUCUUGGAAAUUGGUUUCACCUCUUCCACCAUCCCCAAGGUUUUGCUCAACCUGGCCUUUGAUGACAAAACCAUUUCUGUUGCAGGCUGUUUCACUCAGUCCUUUUUCUAUUUCAUACUGGGGACCACUGAAUUCUUCCUCUUGGCUACUAUGUCCUUUGACAGAUACGUGGCCAUCUGUAAUCCACUUCGCUAUACAACCAUCAUGAACAGUCGUCUCUGUACCCACUUAGUGUUGGGUUCUUGGAUAUUCAGUUUCCUAUACCUUAUUGUUCCUCUUAUUUUGUUGUUCCGUUUACCCUUCUGUGGCCCAAAUGUCAUCAAUCACUUCUUCUGUGAUAAUCUGCCAUUGGUAAAGCUUGCUUGCACUGAUACUCAGUCCCUAGAAUUGCUUGAUUUUCUACUGGCCACUUUUAGUGUCCUGGGAACUUUAACUGUGACCAUAGUUUCAUAUUUUAAGAUUAUUUCUACUAUCAUGUACAUCCCUUCAAAGGCAGGGCGGCAGAAAGCCUUCUCAACUUGUGCCUCCCACCUUCUGGUUGUCUUCAUCACCUAUGGAAGCUGCAUUUUUAUGUAUGUCAAACCAAGGCAGAGUGGGGGACUGGACCUCAGCAGAACGGUGGGUGUUCUGAACAAUGUGGUGUCUCCGCUACUCAACCCGUUCAUCUACAGCUUGAGGAACAAGCAGGUCAAGGAGGCCCUGAAAGAUGUCAUUGGUCAGAGAAUUAAGUUUUCUGGGAUUUCCAAGCACUGA